AUGGAACUAGGGAAUAAAACAAAUGCUGAAGAAUUCUUCCUCCUGGGACUUUCAGACAAGCCUGAACAGCAGCCUCUCCUCUUUGCAAUAUUCCUGUGCAUGUACCUCAUCAUUCUGACGGGGAACCUGCUGAUCAUCCUGGCCAUUGGUUCUGAUUCACACCUCCACACUCCUAUGUACUUCUUCCUCUCCAACCUCUCCUUUGUUGACCUCUGUCUGGCCACUAAUACCAUCCCAAAGAUGUUGGCAAACAUUCAGUCCAAGAGUAAGUCCAUCUCCUAUGUUUGUUGCCUGACACAGAUGUACUUUUUCCAUUUUUUUGGAAUUGUAGACAGCAUCUUGAUCACUGUGAUGGCCUAUGACCGCUUUGUGGCCAUCUGUCAUCCACUGCACUACACAACAAUCAUGAGCCCACGUGUCUGUGGUUUGAUGGUAGGUUUGCCCUGGGCUUUCUCCGUUGUGAUUUCUCUGGCACACACCCUCCUCGUGUCUCGCUUGAACUUCUGUGCCAGUACUGAGCUCCCUCAUUUCUUCUGUGACCUCACACCACUGCUCCGGCUGUCCUGCUCUGACACUACAGUCAACAAGGUCUUGGUACUCAUUGUGGGUGGGUUGGUGAUCGUCACACCCUUCCUCUGCCUCCUUGCUUCCUAUGCCCGAAUUGUCGUGGCUAUUCUAAAGGUCCCUUCUGCAGGGGGCAGGAAGAAAGCUUUCUCCACUUGCAGCUCCCACCUCUCUGUAGUGGCACUUCUUUAUGGGACCACCAUUGGGGUGUACCUCAGCCCCUCCUCUAUCUGCACAACUGUGAAGGAUAAAGCUUCUGCUGUGAUGUACACAGUAGUCACGCCCAUGCUGAACCCCUUCAUCUACAGCCUGCGCAACAGAGAUCUGAAGGGGGCUCUGAAAAAACUUAUCCACAGAAAAGUUGUCUCUUCUCCUUGA